UUUAUUUCAGAGACGAGAAUGUGUUGAAGUCCGAAGAUAGUAUGCUCAGACAGGGUGGGCACAUAUUUACAGAGCAGCAAGGACCAAACUAAAAUGACGAAGAUGUUAAACAUAUCAUCGGAAUACAACGCUCACAACAUCAGCACCCUUUGCAACACCGACAAUGACAGCAGCUACUCCAUCAACGUCAGCUGCGGCAUGAGCGGUGUGGUGACCCCAGCUGCCCCCACUGCAGACCUCGGCGACAUUUGGACUCCUGACGUCAUCCAGCGCGUGGCGUCGCUGGCGCUCAUCAUGGUGCUCACCCUGGUGGGCAACACCGUCAUCAUCGUGGUUCUGACGUGCAGCAGGUACAGAAAGCGGAACAGCCGAGUCAACAUCUUCAUCAUCAACCUGGCCAUCGGGGAUCUGGCCGUGUGUGUGUGCACCAUGACGACGGAGAUCCUUUUCGUCGCCUUCGGCCAGUGGGUGUUGGGGGCCGCUGCCUGCAAGAUCCUGACUUACCUGCAGAUCGUCACGCUGGCCAGUACCACCUUCAUCCUCUCCUCCAUGAGCUUCGACAGGUACCUGGCCAUCUGCAAGCCACUGAAGUACCGCAACACCACGUCCACAGCCAAGAAGUUCAUCGCGCUGUCCUGGUUCCUUGCCUUCGUCUUCGCCGUCCCACAGCUCUUCAUCUUCGUCCAAACCACUGACGUGAAGGAAGCGGGCAUCCAGCAGUUUGAAUGCAAAUCGAAGGGCUACACCAGCGAGUGGCAGCGCAAAGUCUACUUCUCAUUCAUGACCAUGUACAUACUGGUGAUCCCGGUCAUCCUUAUCACCUUCUGUUAUUCCAGCAUCGUCUGCGUUGUGUCUAAAGUGGGACGUGACGUGGAGGCUUCCGCCAAGGCCAACAACUGUGGUCUCCGGCGGUGUAGGAGACAACUCCACCUUCCGAGGGCGAAAAUCAAGACGUUAAAAAUGACUUUCGCCAUCAUCACCACAUUUGUCUUGUGCUGGACACCUUACUUCGUCACCACCCUCAUCCGCAUUUACAGCGACUACAAGGUGAAGAUCUCGCCGUCUGUCAUCGCGUUCGCCGAGACCAUCGCGCUGUUGCAGAGCGGCCUCAACCCUCUGCUAUACGGCUGCUUCACCCUCAAGAUGAGGCGGGGCCUCAUUGAGAUCUUCUGUCAGUACAGACUCAAAACCCUUCGCAGGGCUCCUAGCUUCAACAAAAGUGGCGGAAUAACGGAGUGUAUUUCUAUGACUGAGGACGCUGCCAACGGACAGUUACUCCACGGCGACGGCGCUGCCAAACGGAAUUGUUCAGGACGCAUGCGCGACAACGGUUCCAACGGCUCCAACAGCAGCAGUUCCGCCGACGCCAAAUCGCGCACGAUGAUUACGGAGGAGAAUAAGAAUGGAUUUCGUCUCCGGGUGAGAUUUGCGCAAAAGGAAUGCACAGGUGCGGCGACUGGCAAGUUUCCCGAGAAACUUCUGAAUAACGAGGACGUGGAACAGGACGAAGAGCCGAAACCGCCGAAGCAUUCUUGCUUGAAGCACUCUUCUGCCCAGCAUUACAAAUGAAUUACACUACAGAUGUGUUAGCCAGUAUCGUGGUAAAUAAAAUAAAAUAAAAUAAUAAUCAAGGGAGGGAAUAGCGUUUCACGCAGCGCCAGCAGCGAGGCCCACAACCAUCUCGUCCCCCACCGCCACAUCCACGUCCAACCAUGCAAAAGGGUGCUGCAGGCAGACACAGAAUGGCCGAGACAAAAUGUGAACCCAGGACACUUGAUCUUGUCUGAGCUACUGGCAGGUGUAUAACCAUCGAGCCACCGGAUAAUUCACAUCGGGUCUCGUCGUACUAAAGAUACGUGUGGACUGCAGUACACAAACAGGAGAAUUCGACCUCACCAGUCGCAGAUUUCAACUACCACCCUCUCCAUUCUCAAGUAAAACACGGAUUGGAUUGUCCAGCACGUGAUCAAAGCUUGGUCUUUCUCAAAAUGAUGACUGCAGCCAUGUGAUUAUUGCGGCGACAGUACCCGUGCAUUUUGGUGGUGUCGUACCCCAUGCUGCUACCCUUGUGAAGGCACGUGGGGGAAUGAAUCCUCUUA